AUGCUCACAAAUAUCCCUCGUCCCCUCCCCACUACUGAUCAAUUAUCCACCUCCUCCAUACUCACCCUUGACUCUCUCCACUCCCUUCUUCUCUCCAUGAUCUCCUCACACUUUGAUCUAGAUUUCCAACAAUUCCAUCCAGUCCCUGCGACUACCACUGGUUAUAAAUCCUUACCUUCCUACCAUGUUCCUCCCAAACCUCCAUCUGUCUUAUCCUCUGCCAAAUGGAAACGUCUCUGGUCCUUACGUAUCCCAUUGAAUGCACGUAACACCUGGUUCCGCAUCCUUCAUAAUAAAGUCGCCACAAGAGACAUUCUUCAUGAACGGCAACCUCAUAUCCACCAUCCCUUUUGUAGGAUCUGCCACUCAUCCACCGAAACAUUGGAACACUUCCUCUUUGCCUGUCCCCACAAACGAUCCUUUUGGUCUUCCGCCCUCUCCAUUUACAUGCCCCCUCUCAUCUCCCAAAACAGUUACCAAAACUUCCAGAAAUUCCUUCUUUUCGAACACAACCCUUCUCGUCAAGAUCAUUCAAUCUAUCCGAAUCUCUCUGCUUACCAGGUUUUCGCCUGCAUGCUACAAACUAUAUGGUAUCACCACUACCAGUUUACAUUCCAGGACAAACCUUUCCUACCAUCAAUUUUACUCUCAUCACUUCGUAGCUCAUUAGAUACCUUACAUUUCCAAGAAACCUUAGAUCAGUCUCCAUAA